GUGUACUACCCUCCGACGAGUGAAGUGUUGGUCUCCGCUUUCCCUGGCGCUUGGUGGGGUCUUGGCCUGCGCGCCCCCAUUUACACACUGGGCGCAUUGGGGACAGAGUGUGCGACUUAACAGUGUUUUCAGACGUGGUGAAGUGGACUACACACGGAGAUUCUUCACUACAGGACGCCGCGUGAAGGGAAAGGAAAUGUCAAGUGAAGAGAAAAAGCAAACAAGGACUGAGUGAUGAUAGAAAACGUGGUGUGUUUGUGUUCGUGAGGUAAUGAAGUGAAGAAAAGGAAAUAAAAAGUGUAUUGUAACGAAGUUUGAAGUAAUAAAGCGAGAAAGAAGGAAACAAGGAAGGAAAGAAAAGUCCUUGAAGCAUACAAGUCAUAGGAAAACGAGUUAAAUAAGAAGAAAACAAAAGAAAAAAAAACAGAAAACGGUACGUCAUUGUUUUGACAAAGAAAAAGUAAAUAAAAAUUAUGUGUACGUGUGUGUAACUGUGCAUCACAAAUAAAAGAAAAGAAAGAAAGAAAGGAAAAUUAGAAAAGAAAACCUGAAAACUAACACGUGAAAUUAAGAGCAAAAAAAAAAAAAGAAAGAAAAUUUUAACUGGAAAUUCACCAAAAGGAAAAUAAAUCAACAGAACAAAGAAAAGAAAGAUAUUUAAAACCUGGAAACAACCCUGUGAAUCUUGAACCCUCCACCGUUUUCCCGCCUCUUCACUUAAGCCAGGAGCGUGAAAAACUGAGCGUGUCGAGGCAUGGGUGGAGCGUGAGGGCGUGUGGCGUGCGUGGUUCAGCUGUGAUGGUGGUGGUGGUGAUGGUGGAGGUGGCGGCGGUGGCGGUGACGGUGGUGGAUGAUGUUGUGUAUUGAGACCAUGAGAACUGAACUGCUCAAACUGGACGGGGUUGAUACAGAUUAUGUAUUCAUCAACAACAUCAAUGGUAAGCACGUGGGUGGAGGACAACUCGAGAGCUGGACAGUAUCUGGUCACGGCGGUGAUGACAUUCUGGCUGUGUACGUUGUUCCCAGAGGCUGGGGGAGCCACGGAGAUGAGGGCAAGAACAGCCAGGGGUCGGGGGAGAUCAGCGGAGGGGGCGGCGGAGGAGGAGAGCCCCCAGAAUCCCUCCGAGGUUAGAGGGGGAGCGCCUCUCCACACCCCGCCUCAGUAUAACUACGACCCAGAGUGUGCCCGCGUGGAGGCGUGGCUUGACGACCACCAGGACUUCGUGUACGACUACUUCAUCAGGAAGGCGUCGCGGCACAUGGUGGACUCCUGGCUACUCUCUCACGCCUCCUCCUCCUCCUCCUCCUCCUCCUCCUCCUCCUCCUCCUCCUCCUCCUCCUCCUCCUCCUCCUCCUCCUUAUCCCCCUCAUCCCCGCCACCCCCAGUUCGCAAGAUUUCAGCCCACGAAUUUGAGAAGGGAGGUCUACUGAAGCCCAUCAUUACUACUAUAGAUGGGACGCCGACCUUCAUCUCUCCUGCAGGCGCCACGGAGAAUGUUGCUAUUUUGGCGAAGGUGCGCCGCAAGUCCCGAACAGAGUUGAAGGGGCUAGACGAGCGGCAACUUAUCUUUGAGCUGGUGAAGGACAUCUGCAACGACCUGGAUGUCCGCUCUCUGUGCCACAAGAUCCUGCAGAAUGUGUCCAUUCUAACCAACGCUGACCGCUGUUCUCUCUUCCUCGUACAGGGUGACAAGGAGUCAGACAACCGCUGCCUCGUGUCCACCCUAUUCGACGUCAACCCAGACUCGACGGUGGAGGAGAUGGAGGAGAAGGAGGAGAUAAGGAUAGCGUGGGGCAGUGGCAUUGUGGGUUACACUGCACAGAGCGGCGCUAUGGUCAAUAUUCCUGAUGCAUAUGAAGAUGACCGCUUCAACUCAGAGAUUGACUGCAGGACGGGUUACAAGACACGCUCCAUGCUGUGUAUGCCCAUCAAGGACAGCUGUGGGGAGGUGAUUGGUGUGGCACAGGUCAUUAACAAGCAUCAGGGUCAGUCCUUCACCUCUGCCGAUGAGAAGGUGUUUGAAUCCUACCUCCAGUUUUGUGGCAUUGGCCUCCGCAAUGCUCAGCUGUAUGAACGCUCCCAGCUGGAAGUGAAAAGAAAUCAGGUUCUUCUGGACUUGGCGAGGAUCAUAUUUGAGGAGCAGAGCACCAUAGAGCAGAUUGUGUACCGCAUCAUGACUCACACUCAGAGUCUUUUGCAGUGUGAACGGGUGCAGAUUCUCUUAGUACAUGAAGCAUCUCGGGGAACAUUCUCACGUGUGUUCGACUUGGAAGUGAAGGAUCUGCAGGGAGACGAUGCUGAGAGCCGCACCAGCCCCUUCGAAUCCCGCUUCCCCAUCAACAUUGGCAUCACGGGACAUGCAGCCACCACAGGAGAGACUGUGUGCAUCGCUGAUGCAUAUCAAGACCCAAGGUUUGACAAGUCGGUGGAUGAAAACACAGGCUUCCGCACAAAAUCCAUCCUGUGCAUGCCCAUCAAGAACACGGCCCGCAAAAUAGUAGGAGUCGUGCAACUUGUCAACAAAUUUGACAACCUUCCCUUCACAAGCAAUGAUGAAAACUUCCUAGAAGCCUUUGCCAUCUUCUGUGGGAUGGGGAUUCACAAUACCAACAUGUAUGAAAAGGCAGUGACAGCCAUGGCCAAGCAGAAGGUGACCCUGGAGGUGCUGAGCUACCAUGCCACAGCCCCAAGAUCAGAGUCACAGAAGCUUGUGAAAUUAAAAAUACCAUCAGCCCAGGCAUUCAAGCUUUACGACUUCAAGUUUGAUGACUUCAGUCUCGAUGACGAAGGAAGCUUGAAGGCAUGUCUGAGAAUGUUCCUUGACCUGGACCUGAUAGGAAGGUUCCACAUUGAGUAUGAGGUGCUGUGUCGCCUGCUGCUCAGUGUCAAGAUGAACUAUCGCAACGUCACCUACCACAACUGGCGGCACGCAUUCAAUGUGGCGCAGAUGAUGUUUGCCAUUAUCACGACAACACAGUGGUGGAAGGUGCUGGGUGAGCUGGAGUGUCUGGCACUGCUGGUGGCAUGUCUCUGCCAUGACCUGGACCACCGGGGCACAAACAACUCCUUCCAAAUCAAAGCCUCAUCCCCUCUGGCCCAGCUGUACACCACCUCUACCAUGGAGCACCAUCACUUUGAUCAGAGUGUCAUGAUUCUCAACUCUUGUGGCAACCAGAUCCUGAGUAACUGCACCCCUGACGAGUACUCCCGGGUCAUCAGUGUCCUGGAAGAUGCUAUCUUGGCCACUGACUUGGCAGUGUACUUCAGGAAGCGAGGUGGAUUCUUUUCCAUGGUGAAGUCAAAGCAGUGUGAUCUAAACCGGGAAGAGGUGCGGGAGCAGGUACGAGGCAUGAUGAUGACCGUGUGUGACAUCGCUGCCAUCACAAAGCCUUGGCCCAUCCAGAAACAGGUUGCAGAGUUGGUGGCUGGGGAAUUCUUUGAGCAAGGUGACAUUGAGAAGCAAGAGUUGAAGAUCACCCCAAUAGAUAUGAUGAAUCGGGAGAAGAAGGACAAACUGCCUCUAAUGCAAGUGGGUUUCAUUGACUCCAUCUGCUUGCCAGUGUAUGAGGCCUUUGCAGACUUGACCCCAGACCUGCAGCCUCUCCUGGAUGGUGUGAAGGAAAACCGGCUACAGUGGCAGAAGUUGGCAGAUGCCAGCAACAGAACUGUACCGAGAAACAAUAAUAAUAACAACAACAAUAACAACAAUAACUACUCUAGUAACAGUGACCGAGAAAGAAGUGGAACAAACGAUUAAGUGUGUGCAGAUAUGUCAAGUGUCCUUGCCACCCACUGCACAAAGUAAUGCUGUGGACAAAUGAAAGUAGAGUUAAGUGUUGCAUCACUAGCAAGGUUUGUGCAGUGACAAUAAUCUAGCCAGAGUACAGAUAUUCACAAAGGAAUGACUGGAGAUAAAAGGUGCGAGUGUUCAGUGUCAGUGUGUGGACCGUGGCCUUGACCACUGCUGAAACCAUUGCUUCUCCUAUGUUGACCUGAAGUGUGAACAUUGCAAACACUAAUAGUAUAUGUUUUAUACUUUUUGACUCUGUAGGUUCAGAAAUCUAUUUAGUCAGUGAAAUGGACAUCUGUGCUACCUGUAAGUGUGAGAAACAUACCAUCAUUUGGUUGUAUAAUGAAUUUAUUGUGGCAUAAUAAUGUUUAAUUUAAUAAUAGGAUGCUCCAUCAUUGGAGUAUUAAAUGUUUUAUUCAGGAAUUUCAUCAGGAAUGUGCAAUAUUCAAAUAGCAUGUAUGGGUCAUUAUUUAUUUACUAGGCAUGUCUGUUCAUCUUAAUGUGUUCACUUAUGGAGUUCAAAAAGUGGGCCCAAGGGAUGCUUAGAUCCCAGAGUGGGAGAAGGGGGAUUAUAUUUACCUCCAUUCAGUCUAUUCAUAUAAUAGAUAUCUAGAUAUUUAUAUUAUCUGUGAUGUUGCCUUCACCCUGCAUCUCUCAAGCACUGAUUCACAACCAUAGAGUCUUAGUCUCAUGGAAGGAAGUAUCUGAUGUAUGGAACCAGAGUGUUACAGGGUAAAAGUUGAGAGUCCCAACUUCUGAAGUUGAACAUCAUAAGGCACACAGCACUCCCAAGGACUGAAUCAUGCUGUGCAGUAUUUUUAUAAGCUGUGUUUAUCCUGAUUUUCUCAUAUAAUUUUGGAGAAAUCUCACCAUCAUUAUGCUCUUAAAGAAAAUGCAGUUAGCAAGUUGAUCACUGAGAGAGGGAGAGCAACACAUCCCCUUCAUCUGUCUCAUCUUGGGCCCUGUGACAAAAGACACCAUAAAGAACCCAUUUGUUAACUACAAUAAGCCUAUUUUUUUCAAUUUUCACCAUUAUUGAUCAAAGAAUGUGUAUUUAAAAUCAUCUGCAUAUUUCCAAUUGUAAAUAUAUAUUGCAUAAAAAGAAAUGUGCCAUGUCUUUUCUUAAAUAUGCUUUACAGCACUGUUUUGUGGUUCUCACUGAAGUGAGAUGGUAGUGUUGUGUAUGUAAGGCAUCGCCCAUUCACCCACACUCUGUACCUGCUACCGCUGAUCACUGCAACAAGGCAAGAGUCCUGAUAGUUUUGCACAAUGAAGUGGAGCCAAAGUCUGGGAUGUGAGGAGUACUGAAGAGUUAUAAUGCUGUACUCUGUUCCUCUCAAGUGAUUUAGUUGAUUUUACAGUGAAUUAAUACAAGUUAUAAUUAUGAAAGGCAAAUCAAAAGAUGUGACUUGUAGCAAAGCAGCAUUUUGUAUGAAAAAUUAAAGAAUGUCUGGGGUAAGUGUUUGUACCACUCCCUCUGCCACUUCUCAGAUGAAAUUUCUUAUCAUUACAAGAGAAGCAAACAGCAAUUUGUUGUACUUUUGUAUAAUACAGUAUUGCAAAAUUUAUAUCAUUCAUUGCCUGCAUUGUGAGACCAUGCAUUAGCCAGACUUACUUAAUAAUGCUAUUGGCUUGAAUAAACUGUGACAGACGAGAGAGAGAGAGAGAAUACUUAGCAGAGGUGAAUGUAACUGUGGACAGCAAGCACCCUUAGCAUCAAUGAAGUGAGACAACCAAAGAAUUUACUGUAAAAGAAUCAAUAUUACUUAUUUUCACUUGAAAGCCCACAAACUGCAGUUAAUCCACCAACAGCACUCAUGGAUCCAUCUCAGAAUAAAUAAUGGUAUGUACAUCCAACUAAUUUGCUGCUCUCUGGGACAAGACCUAUUAACUACAGUUAUUACCAAAGUAAAUUCGAAACAAAACUCAUCCUUAACUUGCCAUGCUCCCUCAUUCCCAGUCUAUAUUGUUACUAUUUGCACUGCUUUGCACAUUGCAGUUCAGUACUCCAGUAAAAUGAGAAACAGCCACUAAUCAUGAUUAUAUCUUGCCAUGAUAUAUUGUUUAAAGCUGAAAAGAAUAGUUUGCAGUAUUGUAAUGAAGAUAUGUGGUUCCUAUAGUUGGUAAAAGCUGAGUUCUUAAGCAGCAGUAAGUAUGUAUGCAGUCAUCCCUCUUGGGCAAGACAUCUGGAUCAACUUGUAUGAGGAGCACAAAUUUGUGUUGGCACAUAUGCUCUUAAAGGAUAACUCUUA